GCCAGUCAGUGCCGCCUAUCAGUGCCAGUCAGUGUCGCCUAUCAGUGCCCGUCAGUGCCACCUAACAGUGCCAGUCAGUGCCACCUAUCAGUGCCAUGCCCAUCAGUGCUGCCUAUCAGUGCCCAACAGUGCCACCUAUCAGUGCCAGUCAGUGAUGCCUAUCAGUGCCAUCUAUCAGUGCCAUAUAUGAGUGCUGCCUUCCAAUGCCCAUCAGUGAUGCCUGUCAAUGCCCAUCAGUGCAGCCUAUCAGUGCCUGUCACUGCA